AUGGACUCACCUGGGUCUCAGGGUGUCCCACAAUUUUCCAGCUUCCGACCUCCCCCUACCUCUUCUCCGGCCGCCGGUAAAGCCUCGGAACAUGACCGUCGCCGGCAUCGCUCGGGCCAUCGUCAGCGCGCAGACCGGAGAGAGUCUCCGCGCUCUCGUCGCCAUGAAAGACGUCCGGAUGGUGAUCGCCAAAAGGUGAAGGUUGAAGAAAGUAAGGAGCGGCUGAGUGGGGAAGGAAUUGACGAUGUAAGCGUUGCAAACGAUGAGGCAAACAAAGGAUUUGUCGUCGACAGCCUCGGCGAUCGCGACAAUGCACGUUACGGUGUGCAUCGAUACGACGUCCCUGCGUACCGUCGCAAUGGCAAUGGCUUCGUACUGGGACUUCCAAACCGGCGCAUUGAUUACAAAACACGAUACGAUCAAGGCCCUCUUCUCAUUCUUCGCCCCGACUCAGGCUCAUCUGCAACCUCUGCAGCCAAGCCCCUCUCCGCCGAAACCCUAUCUGCUUUGUCCAUAAAUCUUCCUAUUCGCAUCCAAUCCGAUAUGAAUGCCAACCUUGUUGCCGAUACCCAACAUCCCCAAAACUUUAUACCUACAACAAUCCCGUCGUCUCAACCCGGGCUUGCGGCAAGUAUCACCUUCGAUGAUGAACCGUCAUAUCGCUCCAUUCAUUUCCCGGCUAAGUCCGAAGGUCAACUCGCUGAGGAUUUCGAUGCGACCACCAUCACUCGACUUGCUGUUGAAGCUGAUAUCUUGAAUCGCAAUGCGAAGUUGAACCGUGCGGUGGUGCAAAGACCCAACGAUAUCCAAGCCUGGAUUCGCCUUGCUGAGCAUCAAGAACUUGCCGUCACAGGCGACCACACUUCCUACUACGGCGAUGUACAUCUUGUGGCGAGAGCCAAGUUGUAUGUGUAUGAAAAAGCGAUCAAGCUUAACGCACAAAAUCCCGAACGCGACCAGCUCGUGCUGGCCCGUAUGGAAGAGGGUGCAAAAGUCUGGGACGCCAAAAAACUCGCAUUGGAAUGGGACGAAGUCCUCCGCCACAACUCUGAAUUCAUCACUGUAUGGAUUAAGUAUCUUGACUACAGUCAGACUGAUUGUCAGGAUUUCAGCUUUGACAAUUGCUUUAAGACUUAUGCUUACUGCUUGAAGACGCAUUCACGUGUCGGCUUUGGGCCGCAGAAAACUCUUGUCAGAUCAUACUUGUUGCUUCGGUUAACCUUGUUUCUUCGAGAAUCGGGCCCAUUUAAUGGGCAAAAAGAAGAGGCCAUAGUGGAGUUCAAAAGGUUCUGGGCGCCUGGGCACACCCGGAUUGGAGAGCCUCUUUGGAAGCCCUGGCACAGAGGACAAACCUCCCGUGCCCCGGUCACCAAGCGUGUUUACACUUCUGAAGCGGAUCCCAGAGAAUUGUUUGAAACCUGGCCACCUGCGGAGAGAGAGCGGAUGUUUAAAAAUCGCAUGCCGUCUCACACAUUUGAUGAAUCAAAAGAGAAUGAUGGUUCCCGAGUGGUCCUUCUUGAGGAUUGCACGCAGAUACUGCCAUACUUCUGGGACCUGGACGAAGGCCUCGGGCCCCUGGUUGAUGGGUUCUUGUAUUUCUGCCAUUUGCCUCAUUUGACAUUACGCGCGAAUAUGCACACCAGCCGACUGUGGACUGGCGAUAAUUUCCUGCGAAACGAAUACAUGGACGAUCCUCGAAACACAAUUGCGGACUGGAUCAGUUUACAGAAAUAUGCCGCGACCACCACCAUUGAGCCGUUCGCAUUCCCUCAUCAUACCUUCGUUCACACCACCGAUACUCUUUUUGCGGAUCCAAAAAUGUGGUUUUCUGGUCUGGAGAAGUGGGCUGCAACCACCUCUCAUUCUUCCUGCGUCAUCGAUUCCGAGUUUGUACUAUUGACUCUCCAUGCCCUUGUUGACUACUUCGAAGACAGCCAAUUGGCUGAAUAUGCGAUUGCAGUGACCUUCGCAUGUAAUAACAAUAUGGGUAAGAAGUACGGAAAGCGACUCUUGAAGGGGCGAUCAUCGAACCUGAGACUUUACAAUGCUGUCGCGCUCAUGUAUUGGCGGACUGGUGAUCAUGAUACUGCUCAUAAUGUGUGGUCGACUGCUUUGUCUAUGAGCCAGAAUUUCGACAUUCGGGAGCUCACUGACUCUGCACUCCUAUGGAACUCGUGGAUUUGGGAGUUGCUUCACAACGGGGAAAAAGAGCGAGCAUCAUAUCUGUUGCAGGCUAUGCCUUACAACAAAGUCCAAUUGUCAUCAUACCAGACAGCUGAUACAAUUGAAAUUAAUCAACCCAAUUUUCUCAGGAUCAAGCAGGCAACUCAGAAGAACGCAUUGAAGUUCAAGAAAAUGCAAGCAUACACAGCUUACGUCGACUGCUACGCGAUCGCUCUCUAUAUUAUGGGCGAGCUACUCGAAGAUGUCCUUGAUGUCUACAAUAAUGCAGUCACAUCCCUUAGAGUCCUACCCCGGACCGAUGAUGAUUCCAAGGUGCUCGGCGGAGAAUUACUACACCAAGCCCGAGCCCGGAUCAUGUAUCACUAUGUGGUGAAGCAGAGUGGCAAAUUCAGACCUAUCGAUGUUCGCGCCGUGCUGCUAGAUAGCCUGGAAUGGUGGCCCCACAACACCAUGUUCCUAUCACUGUUUAAAUGGAACGAGGCUCGUCUACAACUCACCGAUCGCACCCGCGAUAUCUUCGACGUCACCAUCGGAGCGAAGGCCAGGGCUGAGCGAGAUCUGCAAGGGCCUGCACCAAUCCACCGUGUGCCUGUCACGACUCACCUUUUCAGCAUCUAUGCUGAGAUGGGCCGCCCCAUCGUGCUCGGUUCGACCUCACAUUCAAUCCGGGCAGCCUUCGAGCGAGCGAUCGGUGAUGACGGAGUCGUCCCGAUCGGGCGGACCCCCACACGGAAGAGUCCCUUCGAGCUGGCAAGCUCGACCUCCGCGCAGAGCAACCUCACCAUCUGGAGGUUGUAUAUCCUCUACGAGCUGUACGCGGAGUACAACGUCGGCCGCGCCCGCGAGAUCUACUUCCGGGCCCUGCGCUCCUGCCCCUGGUCGAAGGAGCUGUACCUGCUUGCCUUCGAGCACUUGCGGGCGGAUUUGACCAACCGCCUGCCCCCGUCGCGCCUCACUCGGCCCGGGGAGGUCAACCCUUCGGGGUUCGACCCUGCAGAGCUUCGCGCUCUGUACUCUGAGAUGCUGCGCCGUGGACUUCGUGUCCACUAUCAUGUGGAGGGCCACUGGGCCCAGUAG